CCACAAGGACGAACCAGAAAGCACAAGCACUUGCAGCAGCGAAUCCAACUGCUACUAUUCUCUACGGCAAUGCCCCACGUUCAUCUUUGCCUUCUCCUUCUCCGCCCACACCAGCCUCUCCUCAAUUCUCAGCGUAACAUCAACCUGUUUCCUGUUUGGACCCCAACAUCAACUGCCCCAGUUCACCUUCGACCAAAGCUGUUAAUUAACUCCAUUACGUGUAUGGCCAAACCCAGGAGAGUGAAAAUGGUGGCCAAGCAGAUUCAAAGAGAGCUUUCUGAUAUGCUUCUUACAGAUAAGAUGCUACAGUACGCUGUUCUGCCGGUGGCUGCUUUGGGUGCUGAUAGAUAUCUGUCUUCCCUUACCACCAUCAGCGACGUUGAAGUCUCCGCUGAUUUGCAGGUGGUUAAAGUGUAUGUAUCUGUUUUUGGAGAUGACAGAGGAAAGGAGGUUGCUAUUGCUGGUUUAAAAUCAAAAGCCAAGUAUGUUAGGAGUGAGUUAGGGAGGCGUAUGAAGUUGAGACUGAGUCCAGAGAUACGUUUUAUAGAAGAUGAAUCUCUGGAGAGAGGAAGCAGGGUGAUUGCAAUAUUAGCUAGAAUUAAAGCUUCGAAGGAUAAUGUCUUGGAUGAAGAUGAUGAAUUCUCUGAAUCAUCCGAUUCACCUCAAGAUGAUAGAGAUUGGGAGGGUGAUGACCCUGAUGACAUUAUUUAUGUAAAAUAGAUGCUCCAGCAAUUGCCUGGCUUUAAAGUUGUUUGAUUUCUUUGCCUGGCCAUGCUUCUUAUCAGGGGAUAGAUGAUAAGCAUAUAUUGUUUACACAGCAGAAGCAAGUCCUGGCGCUCAUUGAACUAAAUCAGAUAUUUGAACAAACUCAUCCUACGUAAACUUACCCAAGAUUUUUGGUCUUACUGUUUCCCUAUGUACAUGAUGACUAUUGGGUCUAGACUAGUGUUGAAAACUGCUAAUUUCUAUAAUGUACAACAUAUUAGGCUUAACACAA